AUGAAUGAGGAAGACAGGAGGAAAAUAAACAGCAACCGAGUCUAUCUGCUGAGGAACUUGGAUGUCAGCAUAGUACUGCUGGCUUGUUUGAGGUCAUGCAAAGUUCUCUUACAAGAUCACGAAGAUCAAAUCAAUCUCUUACCGACAAAUGCUAAAAGAUGUGCCUUCCUCGUGGAUCUCAUACCAAAAAGGGGUCCAGAGGCUUUUCAGCAUUUCAUGGAUGCUCUUGAAGAAUCAGGUCAAGGUCAUAUAAGAAAUCAGCUGAUUGAGGGAGGUUAUCAGGCAGAUAGGAAUGCUAGUUUAAUUCGGCUGAAAGUUGAUGUGAGAAAAAGCAGGGGUGGGCAAACUUUUUGCUGUGAGGGCCGCGUUGAGAACUAUUUGACCUUUGAAGGGCCGCAUGUGUAUUUAAAUAUCAAAACAAAAACGAACCCGUAA